AUGUUCGGCAAGAUUUUCAGCGACCACAUGUUCGUCUGCGACCACGUCGCCGGCGAGGGCUGGGGCGCGCCGGCCAUCGUGCCCCACGGCCCCCUGGCCCUGUCGCCCGCGGCCAUGACCCUCCACUACGCGCUCCAGUGCUUCGAGGGCAUGAAGGCGUACCGCGGCGGCGACGGCGUCGUGCGCCUCUUCCGGCCGGACCUCAACGCCGCGCGCAUGACGUCGAGCCUCGAGCGCCUGCGCAUGCCGACCUUCGAGGCCGUCGCCUUCGUCGAGUGCCUCAAGGCGCUGUUGCGGGCGGACGCGGGCUGGGUGCCCGACGGGCGACGGGCACAGCGCGUACCUCCGGCCGACGGCCAUCGCGACGGACCCACGAAGCUCUUCUGCAUCCUGAGCCCCGUCGGGCCCUACUACGCCAACGGCUUCGACCCCAUCGCCGUCUACGCGGAUAGCUCGAACGUCCGCGCGUGGCCCGGCGGCGCGGGCAACACGAAGAUCGGCGGCAACUACGCGCCGUCGAUCAAGCCCGCGCGCGACGCCGCCGACGCCACGGGCGGCGCGGCGCAGCAGGUGCUCUACCUCUUCGGCGACGACCACCGCGUCACCGAGGUCGGCGCGAUGAACGUCUUCGUGCUCUGGGAGACGCCCUACGGCACGAGGGAGCUCGUCACCGCGCCCCUCGACUACGGCGACAUCCUCCCGGGCGUCACGCGCCGCUCCGUCAUCGAGCUCGCGCGCGCCGAGGGCGCCGUCGAGGUCGCCGAGCGGCCCUUCACGAUGCGCGAGGUCAAACGCGCCGCGGACGAGGGCCGCUUGCUCGAGGUCUUCGGCGCGGGCACGGCGGCCGUCAUCUGCCCCAUCAACCGCAUCUUCUACGAGGGCGACGCCAUCGACGUCCCCACGGGCGCCGACAUCGGCCCCGUCGCCCAGUCCUUCUGGCAGAAGCUCAGCGACAUCCACUACGGCCGCGUCGACUCGCCCUGGGCCGUGCCCGUGGACGACCUCUAG